AUGCAAUUCGGGGUGACCAAAACCACUCAGUUCGAAAAAAAGUGUGACGGGAAACAGGUGUGCAAAGGAUGCGGCAGUGAAGGCGAAUUUGUACCUUGCUGUGCACGUAGGUACCUAAGUUACGGGAAAAAUAAGGUUACCGUCUAUCACGUUGGAGAACACACAUGUCCUGUUACUUCGAUACAGAAAAAGAAAGACAUCAAGACUAUCGAGCAACUAGUCAAGGACAACCCAAAUAUAAAGCCUUCUGAAAUACAGUCUACCUUUGUUCGUUCCGCCUUUCAACGAGAAAUGGACUGGGACGAGGUUGAGAAAGAAGCCGCUGCUAGCAUGGACAAAAAACGUAUUUCUAAUAAUAAGCAAAAGGUUAAAAGAGACAUUGAGCCGUUUGGCCAUAACUUUGAGGCCGUCGUCUCGUUCAAAGAGUAUUCUGAUAAACGGGAUUUGCUAUAUAUUUAUAAGGUAAACGACAGAAGAGGAAAUCCCGACAAGCCCUCUUUUGUCUUCAAGACAAGUUCUACAAAAGCAAAAAUUACUUUAAGCAUGGACAAAGACGGCCAGGAUUUUAUGAAAAACGAAUUCUGUUUUUUUGACGGAAAGCGAAAACGCUGCAGGGGUUUUACAACCUUAACUGCAUCAGUAUAUCAUCCAUUGUUACGAAAGCAGAUCCCUCUGGCGAUCAUGGAAACAGAAAGAGAGGAUUCAAUAAAUGUUGAAUUGUUUUGGACGCUUUUUAACGAGGCGCUGGGAAAAGUGGCAAACGAUCCUUCAAUAAAAUUCAAUCCUUUCGGUUGGUGUAGCGAUAUGGCGGGUGCUAGCCUAGCAGGCAUUACGAGGGUUUAUGGUAAUGCAAUCUUAAUAAAAUCGUGCGAGUUCCACUUCAAGGACCAUCGCAACAAAAAAGCACAAAAACUAGACCCAGAUAGUGCGGAAGAGUUUAAGGGACUUUGCGAUAGACUGUUGAAUAGCACGACCGUGGAAGAUUAUGAAUCUGCAAAGGGACAGAUGGACGAAUUCGUCAGUGCAAAAGAAGACAGAGCUUUCUUGGUAGAUUGGGUUUCUUGGUGGCACGACAGACGUGGGUUCAUUUUUCGCGCAUUUGCUGUACAGGAUGCACCGCAGACGAAUCAAGCAGAGGUGAUCCACGCUGGUUGGGUGCACAGAGACCGCCCCAAUUUAUCACUGUUAGAUGCAUGUCAAGCGGACACACGAGAUUCUUUGUUGCUCGACGUUGAACUAAAAAACUACCAGUUCGGUUCUGCAUCGGGUGGAAGUGGCUCUUCCUUCGCUGAUCGGCAGAGGAGGAGACAUGCUAGCCAAAUAAAUAAAGCCCGAUCCAUUGGAAAAGAGAUGUUUGAAGAUGACAAUGAAAAACACAGCUUACUGAUUGACCCGCAAUCGUCACACCGUCCUAGCGGUAGAAAAAAGUCAAAACGGAAUCCGAAGAAGUAUCUUGAAAAGAGUGAGACUAACACUACUCCCACACUCCAGCAACCAGAUGUUGUGACACCUAUGGCACCACAGAUGUCUUCUGCAGCACUGCAGAUACCCUCCCAAAUGCUGCCACAAUAUACACUGCUACAAGGAUCCCCUCGCAUACUGGCUCCCCAGCUAUCAGCGCACCUGCCUUUUCAGACCCCCCUUGGCAUACAACAGCUUCAAGUAACACCCUCGCCUCCAAUUUCUCAUCGUAUACGCAUGCAGGUGCCCCCACCGGUUCCGCCAAUUGGACCAGCAUUGCCGCAACAAGCACCGGCUCCGUCGUGGAAUGCUGGUAUGUCACCUAAUGCGUAUGAGGUUGUGGUAACACCCGCCAAGGUGCAAAAGUGCUAUGGUUGCGGAAAUGACUUUUCUCCGAUGUACAAAAGUCCACCGACGAAUAAAGUCAUUAAACAUGUGGACAGGAGAGUAAUAAGGAGAAACGAGCAAACUGGACAGCUAGUGUACAGCAGUGAUUUCAGCAAUACGUAUUAUCAUCCGAUUCCGUCACACAUUUCAAGGAAAAAUCCUCUUUUCACGGGACUUGUAUACAUUGAAAAUACCGUCUAUGCUUCCUUAAAUCAGGCACAACGGCGGCGAUGUUCUUAA